AUGAGCACUAUUUGUGCCGAGCAACACAAGCUCUACCCCUCUCACCAGCUUCUUUCUCCCAAGAAACCCUUCAAAGAUCUUGAAAUUCCCCCAAGAAAACUUCUUACGAAGAGAUUAACCCAUCAAGAAAGCCUAGACAUGUCCCCAUAUGAGACUAAUCUCCGAAAAUUCCUUCCUUACAAUGACUACAGCAAUGACAAGUAUGAAAAAGAUAUAGAUGAUGAGUUAGAUCCAUACUCUUCUGACCAUUUCCGCAUGUAUGAGUUCAAAGUUCGUCGAUGCACGCGUAGCCGUAGCCAUGACUGGACCGACUGCCCCUUUGCUCAUCCGGGCGAAAAGGCUCGUCGGAGAGACCCUCGUAAGUUUCACUACUCCGGAACUGUUUGCCCUGAAUUUAGACGUGGAGGGUGUAACCGUGGAGAGAAUUGUGAGUUUGCUCAUGGUGUUUUUGAGUGUUGGCUGCAUCCUUCUCGUUAUCGAACUGAGGCUUGCAAAGAUGGCAAGAAUUGUAAGCGAAAGGUUUGUUUCUUCGCUCACUCACCUCGCCAGCUUCGCAUUUUGCCUGAGGUUUCUUCACAAAACAUUAAUAGCUUAGGCAAUUCACCCUGUUCAUCUCUCAACCAUAGCCCUUGUUGUUGUGUUGUUUGCCAUUCACUGACUUCCUCACCAACUUCCACUCUCCUUGGUAUGUGCCACAUGUCGCCGCCAUUGUCACCAUCACUAUCACCACCUCUCUCACCGGUAAAACACCGAUCCUUAUCCGGGUUUUCGCCGAUUUCCCGAUACACCGAGAGCCUAAGCAAGUUUAGGGCUGGAGUUGGGAGUUACCAAGAUGUGCUUACUGAGCUUAUGAAUUCUUUAGAAGCCAUGAAUUUCAAUGAAGGCGCAGGUGUUUCUUCACCUCUGUCCUUACCUCCUAAUCACAACGGGAAUGUUAGCAAUCCUCCAUGGAAUCUUGAUGUCUCUUACGAUUUAGAAGAUCAGCCACAAUUCAUUCUUUCACCCUCAACUCCAACCCCUUCAUCAAAUUUUUUCAAUGGAGAUCGUUCAAGCAAUAAGGGAUUCUUCAUUGAUCAUGAUAAUGGUGCUGGUUUGGCAAGUACUCCUGAUCCUGAUCUUGGAUGGGUCAAUGAUCUCUUGACGUAG